CGGUGGCGCUCGCGGGCUCCUGCCGCUCCCACGCGCGCGGGCGGCAGGGGCGGGGCGGGAGAGCGCGCCGGGGAUUUCCAGCGGGGAGAGGAAGUGCCUGCGAGAGAGUGCGUGAGGGCGCGAGAGAGCGCGGCGCGGCCGCCGCGUGCGCGAGCCGGGGUUGCAGCCCAGCCGGGACUUUCCAGCCGGCGGCGCGGCGGCGGCCGCCGGCCCUUCCCCGCCCCCCGACAUGGGGCUGCCCGGGGAGCAGGACGCUGCGGACCGCGGCGGAGGACGCGCCCGGCUCUCCUGAGCCUGCCGAGCGGCGCGGACUGCGAGAUGAGGAAAAUGAGGCCCAAAGAAGUUAUGCCACUGGCUUAAGGUCCCAAAGCAGGCCAGAACCAGAACUAGGAUCAGAAACCUGGCUCCUGGUUCUCUAUUCUUCUAAGGAUGCUUUCCUGACAAAAGAGGUAAGGAACUCCACUUACAUGAAUUGAAGAAGGAUAAGGUUGGCACUGUUUUGCUUCUGUCUUUAUUGAAGUCUCUUCCUCCCUAAUCACGGAUCACGCUUCAGCGGAGCUCCUUAUAGCAUAUGAUACACAGCUAACUCAAGUGUGGCUAGAACACCAAUUCAUCAGUCUGUCAAAUGUUCUGCUGCCGGCGUUUGUUCCUAUUCGUCCCUGACUGUGAACCACUCAUAAGGGCAGCAAGAGGCGCAAGAACAGGGCUUGGAAGGAGCAACUCCACCUGGCCCACUGGAUACCUGCCUCCCAGGACGCCCAGGAUCUCAGGAGUAGAAAGAAUUUGGCACUUUCUUUUAAUUUCUCUUUCCUAAAAUGGAGUCAAGUAAAAAGAUGGACUCCCCUGGCACAUUGCAGACUAACCCACCACUAAAACUCCACCCGGACCGCAGCUCUGGGACAUCAGUUUUUGUCCCGGAACAAGGAGGUUACAAAGAAAAGUUUGUGAAGGCAGUGGAGGACAAGUACAAGUGUGAGAAGUGCCACCUGGUGCUGUGCAACCCGAAGCAGACUGAGUGUGGACACCGGUUCUGUGAGACCUGUAUGGCUGCCUUGCUGAGCUCCUCAAGUCCAAAAUGUACAGCGUGUCAAGAAAGCAUCAUUAAAGAUAAGGUGUUUAAGGAUAAUUGUUGCAAGAGAGAGAUUCUGGCUCUUCAGAUCUAUUGUCGGAAUGAAAGCAGAGGUUGUACAGAACAAUUAACACUGGGACAUCUGUUGGUGCAUUUAAAAAAUGAUUGCCAGUUUGAGGAGCUUUCAUGUGUGCGUGCUGACUGCAAAGAAAAAGUCUUAAGAAAAGACCUGCGUGAUCACGUAGAAAAGGCUUGUAAAUACCGGGAGGCCACGUGCAGUCACUGCAAAAGUCAAGUCCCCAUGAUCACAUUGCAGAAACACGAAGACACCGAGUGUCCCUGCGUGGUUGUAUCCUGCCCUCAUAAGUGCAGUGUCCAGACUCUGCUGAGGAGUGAGUUGAGUGCACACUUGUCAGAGUGUGUCAAUGCCCCCAGCACCUGUAGUUUUAAGCGCUAUGGCUGCGUUUUUCAGGGCACAAACCAGCAGGUCAAGGCCCACGAGGCCAGCUCUGCAGUGCAGCAUGUCAACCUGCUAAAGGAGUGGAGCAGCUCCCUGGAAAAGAAGGUUUCCUUGCUGCAGAAUGAAAGUGUAGAAAAAAAUAAGAGCAUACAAAGUUUGCAUAAUCAGAUCUGUAGCUUUGAAAUUGAAAUUGAGAGACAAAAGGAAAUGCUUCGAAAUAAUGAAUCCAAAAUACUUCAUUUACAGCGAGUAAUAGACAGCCAAGCAGAGAAACUCAAAGAGCUCGACAAAGAGAUCCGUCCCUUCCGGCAGAACUGGGAGGAAGCAGACAGCAUGAAAAGCAGUGUGGAAUCCCUUCAGAACCGUGUGACGGAACUGGAAAGUGUGGACAAGAGUGCUGGGCAGGUGGCUCGGAACACAGGCUUGCUGGAGUCCCAGCUUAGUCGGCAUGACCAGAUGCUGAGUGUCCACGACAUCCGCCUGGCUGACAUGGACCUGCGGUUCCAGGUCCUUGAGACUGCCAGCUACAAUGGCGUGCUGAUUUGGAAGAUCCGAGAUUACAAGCGGCGGAAGCAAGAGGCCGUCAUGGGGAAGACCCUGUCCCUUUACAGCCAGCCAUUCUACACAGGCUACUUUGGCUAUAAAAUGUGUGCCAGGGUCUACCUGAAUGGGGAUGGGAUGGGGAAAGGGACACACUUGUCGCUGUUUUUUGUCAUUAUGCGUGGAGAGUAUGAUGCUUUGCUUCCUUGGCCGUUUAAGCAGAAAGUGACGCUCAUGUUGAUGGAUCAGGGGUCCUCUCGGCGUCAUUUGGGAGAUGCAUUCAAGCCCGACCCCAAUAGCAGCAGCUUCAAGAAGCCUACUGGAGAGAUGAAUAUUGCCUCCGGCUGCCCAGUCUUUGUGGCCCAAACUGUUCUAGAAAAUGGGACAUAUAUUAAAGAUGAUACAAUUUUUAUUAAAGUCAUAGUGGAUACUUCGGAUCUGCCAGAUCCCUGACAAGUAACUUGGGAGGUGAAUUUAGCAGAAGGUAACUCCUUUGGGGGGUUUGAACCAGGCUGUCUUCACUGAGGUCCUCAAGCUCUGAAAAGGACCUUGUGGAACGGAGGAAGCGGCAGAAAGUGGACGCACAGCCGGCAGGAGAAGCCACAUGAGAACAUACACCUGACAUGUUUUGUAUAGACUAGCAACACUUCACUCUGAAGAAUUAUUUAUCCUUUAACAAGAUAAAUACUGCUGUCAGAGAAGGUUUUCAUUUUCAUUUUUAAAGAUCUAGUUAAUUAAGGUGGAAAACAUAUAUGCUAAACAAAAGAAACAUGAUUUUUCUUCCUGAAACUUGAACACCAAAAAAAGAAAACACACGUGGGGAUAGCUGGACAUGUCAGCAUGUUAAGUAAAAGGAGAAUUUAUGAAAUAAUAAUGCAAUUCUGAUAUAUUCAUUCUAAAAUUCAAGAGUGCAAUCUUGUUUCAAAUAUAGUAUAUUGUCUAUUUUUAAGGCCUCAUCUGGUCUCUGUUUUAACAAUUUGUUUGUCAGAAGACCCUGAAAUAACCUAGGUCUUUUUUUUAAAAUCUCUAAAUUCAGAAUCACUUUUUAAUUUAAAGUUCUACAAAUAAUUGUUACUGCAAACAUUUUAUUUUAAAAUGUCGAUAGACUGAUAUUUCUUGGAAGAAAAUGUAAAAUAUCAAACACUGGUUAUCACUUGUGAUAGGAAAGAGAAUAUUCAAUCUGUUGUUAUUUCUCGUUAGAAAUGUAAACCUUCAAUAUCUGUCGUAGUUAAUGACACUACUUCAAAAUUAUUAUGAAAGGAACAUUGCUCAUGGAUGCUGUGCAUCAUUUUCAGAUUUAUAAUUGUUUUCACCCUAAAAUAGGGCAUUAGUUGAACUUUGGAGUUCUGAACAAAAUCCUGUAGGUUUUUAAAAUUCUGCCCCAUGUGUUCAGACUAGCCUUCUGUGGCUGACAACACCGGCCUUGGUCUCUGUGUCCAGUGUCCAGGGGUGGCAGGAGUCUGCGCUGAGGGCCCGGCAGGUGUGUCUGUUCAUUCUGUCAUCUCGCUGCAUUUUGUUAAUGAUCUGUGUAAACAACAUCUUUGCAUAGAGAUGGUGGCAUACGGUACAUGUGCCUUAGAUGUGACAUGCUGCUUUUUGACCCUGGGUUUUCGUUUAGCAUAAUUCUAGAAAGUGCUAGUUUAACCAGACUUUUCUCUCUACCACUAGAUCUUUAUCUCUUCAAGGCCCUCAGGCAACUCUGUACCUGCUGAGGGAGGCAAGGCUCCAUUGUUGCCUUCGGAGCCCCUACUACUUAAUUACCACAAAUUCCAAAUGUCUAGGCCCCAAAAGUGAGCUGCCUGGUCCAAGCAUGGCUUGGUCCUACCCUAAGGGAGGCAGGUAUGGGGCAGAACCCGAGCCUCUCCUCGUGCCCCCACCAGGCCAUUAGAGCCUACACAUCUCGAAGCAGAACCCCCUGAGCAUUCUAGAAACAGCUGCUCUGGGGAGUUACCCAGGCUGACUGACGGACAUUCCGAACCACCCCUCUGGCAGGAAAGGUGGCCACAGGGCUUAUUGUCCCAGCCUGUGCCUGCCCAGAUGGCAUUCUCUUAACUCACUGUUUACUGUCUCUCAAAGGUCCAACUGUGAUGAGAAGCCUAGAGCCCUGCCCUGUACCCCUUUUGCUAUGCACCACACUUCAUGGUGCUCUUACCACUGAUGGGUGCUACACGUGACGGGUGCUUCUUAGGCAAACCAAUGUGUGCGAACCACACCUGUGCCACUCGUUCAACAGCCGCGCCCACAAUUGAUCAGCUGGGCUGCGCACUUAAGACUGCCUGCCUCUGGGCCCUCCCCUUGGCUGCGCACAGGGACAGCUUGGCUGGUGGCCCACCUGUCUCUGGUGCUGCCGUCUGUCCUGGGUGUGCCUUCGCCCCAGUGCCUGCUGGAAGUGCCCUCCUGUUGCACACCCAUCCCUGUGCUUCCACGAGGGACCUCGUUAGUUCCAUGUACCUGCCGUGCCCUUUCGUGGUUAAAGUGCUCGUCUGCCUUUCCUUUCUCCACUCUCCUGGGAUUGUUUUGGGGGAAAAUUAGUGUCAUUGGUCCUGCCCCCAUAAAGGAAUCAUGUGUCCCUGUUCAUAAAGGAAGGACUUACUACAGGAGCUCAGAAAACACUCUUCCCUCAAGGUGUCCCCGGCCUUCUGCAGGCCUGUCCUCUGGGCUCUACCCUGGAGACCUGAAGAAGGGAGGACCUCCUGACAGUUCCUCUCUGGCCUCAGGUGGCUUUCCUGAGACCAGGGAUUAAUAACAGGGACACCUCUGUAACUUCCUUUCCCAUUGCUAAAAAUGUGUACAAUAUUCAACAGAAUUUCCCCAUCUGGAUUUAAAUCCUGGCCUGGGUGUGGGCCGUGCAGAGCACUCUUGGGAGUACCCAUCAUAGGUGGGACAUUCCCAGUAUCCCUUCCUAGACAGAUGCUUCUGAUGAGAUACAGCAGAGCCCUCUUGGCCUCUCACCUAGGGGGCCUGUAGGAUGUAACCUGAGUAACUGGCUCUGUUCUCUGGGGUGAGGCGUGGCCUAUGUCCUAAGCUUCAUCUCCAUAUGAUUUGAUUAUAUUGGGGGCACGUACCUUCUGGUACUCAGGACUUGUGGGAAGGUGGUCUCAGACAGUAUUUCACACUAUCCUGACUGGACGUGCCUGUGUCACUCCAUCCUAGGACUCCUUGCCUGGUGCUUGCCGCCUGGGCCGGCCUGGGGUUGUGGCCUCCUUGUGGUGGAGGCCCAGCUGCCUGGCAGGCCAGUGGUCGGCCCUCCCACUUCACAGGGUCCCGGCAACAAGUGUGAAGGGUGAGCACAUGUUUUGUAUAUGCUUCCCACUUACCAAAAGUGACAAAAUUUCCAAGCAGGACAGAACUGUUGAAUACUUCAAAGACAUCAACACUGAGUCCUUUGUACAUGAAUUAAGCCAGUCUGCUACACUGUCACCUUCUUAACAGAAAUGAAAACUAUCUCCUGUUUCUAUUUGCCUCAAGCAGUUUCUCUUGAACUCUGUGGCUCUGACUGCUCCUUGCUGUUGGGACACUGGUGUGGAGUUGGCUACUGAUGGCUGCAGUGGUCUAGACCAGGCAUACAUGAUGGGCACAGCUCUUCCCAUGGCCACACAGCCACACACAGGCUAUAGCAGACCCAUGGUGGGGCUCAAAAGCCUGACCCUCUAAUUUUAGGGCUUGUGCCAGGAGAGCCAGAGCAGCUGGAAGUUGGGUGUGUCUGUGAUGCUGGGGGGGCCAGGCUGUGGUCAGCUGUGGGGGGUCACUUUCCAUCAAGGUUGGGGGGCUGAGAGGUAGAAGUGAGGCCUUUUGGGACCUUUGCUGGCCCUCUUGGCUCUGGCUUCUGAGUGGGCUGGAGUCAGCCUCAGUGGACUUUUAGAAGAAGCUCAGCUUCCAGGCUCCCCAGGUUCAUGGGUAGCAUAGAGGAAGCAAGGUAGGAAUUUGCGUGAAUUAUUUUAAGGCUUGCCAUACAAGAUGGUUGUGUGUUUUCCCAGAGAGAAAAUCUCAACUGGAAACCUGGGUUAAGGCUGUGACACAGUGGUGUGUGUUCACAUGUAGAUGGGCAGAGGAGGGUCCUCAUGUGGCCUGUGUCUUGGCCCUAAUUCAUGACCCCUUCCUAGAGCAACCUCUAUCAAAGGAUGGCGCUGUGUCUCUUUGAUGCCAAAAAACUGGUUGAACUGGGAAGCUGUGCUCCAGUGGCUUCUCCCCACCUCCCUUUCUCUGUUCCUCCCCAUGUCUUCUUUGGCUUGUGACACCAGAGAACCACAGUUUGAAGUGCAGCAGCUCCUCUUCCUGGGAAAGCCACCUCCACCAGGGCCCUGUAGACCCACUAACCACCAAAUUCCCCACUGAAUUGGCUAUUUGGCAGAAAGCUUCCCCCUGACCACAUGUGACCCACCUCAGCCGGAACAGGGGUGUCAGGCACAGUCCCACAGGUAUGGUCAGCUGCCUCCCCAGACCACCUUGGUCUGCUCCAGGGUCCUCAGUUGCUCAGGCCAGGGGCCAUGUGUGCUUGUGGACACCUGGCUGUCCCAAUGUCAUCAGUAACAGUGCCCCCUGCACUCAACAGUGUCUGGAGGUGGUCACCCAUGGUGGGCCUGGCAUGGAUAACAGCAAAGGAAAAGGUGUCUGGAUGGAUCUUUAAGCAGCAGCAGGGUGCUAAGGGGGCCUAAGGGGCGACCAGGGAAGGCACUAACUCCUUCUCUUUCUGCACAUGGAGGGGUGGUGCAGGGACUUGACAUGCCCUCCACUGACACUCCAGCCUGGCGGGGGCAGAGUACAGACUGUCUAUGGGGGCCUCUUGCACAUUCCCCAGCCCUCCCAGAUGCAUCCUCUGCUUGGGGUAAUUACUGCAUUGAAAAGGGCUCAGGCAAAGGUGUAAGGUACUAGUUUUUUACUUUUAGUCCAGAUCUUACCAGACUGCAGAAGGAGACUUGGGGAAAAUUUUGAGAACUCCUCCACGUUUGUGCUUGUGAGGAUAAAUGAGAUCUGUCACCCAAAUCUACUUCUCAGCUCAAGACCAUGGUUCUGUCUUCCGUUUGCAAAUCUCAAUAGCUCUGUUUUCUCUAAAAUAGAGAGUGCCCAUUAGGGUCUAGAUCAGAUGAGGUCAGUGUCGGCAGGUGGCCUGGGCUUCAUUACUGUCUCAUUCUGGCUGGUGCUGACUGUCCUGGGCACUGGCAUUCGGGAGCUGGACUGGUGGGAGUGAGGCAAGGCCAGCAGCUCAUCACAGAGGCCCAGAAACAUCCUAGGGGCCUUUUCCACCCGCUUCAGGUGUGCUCUGGACACCACUACAUGGCAGACACGACAGACGUGUCAAGCUGUGGCCAGCCUUGGGACUGGUUGUUGUGUGGUUGAGGAGGCCCUCAAGGCCACGCAGAGCUUGCAUUUCAUUUCUCCUGCUGCGCUGUGUCAGAAUUUGUCUUGUGAACUCUUGCGUGUAAAAGAGGUUAAAAGUCCAGGAUUGCUGUACCACUCCUGUAAUUAGUGACAGUUGGUUUUUAUAACUUAGCCCCCUCAGACAAGUAAGAUAAUCUUCAACAGCAAACUGAAUGACUUAAUUGGAAAACAACAAAAGCUGGCAUUAUUUCCAAGGAUUUCUAUAAGAAUUAUCUAUAGAACAACAUCUGUGAUAAAGGAAGUGUAUAAACCAAUGUAGACAAUUGUAUAACAUUUUUAGAAUUGCAUUCUUUUCUCUGAUGGUACACCUUUUGUGUUCAGUUCUAUAACCCAAAAAACAAAGACCAAAGAAGGCCUAUCUCUCAUUUGACUCUGUAUUUUUAAUCUGCCUGUUUUAAAAAUUGCCGUCUGUAGUAACUGCUCGCUGUGAGGACCCAUCUUGACAGUCCAAGUGAUUGUGACCAGUGAUUCACGUCCUGUGUUUUUCUGCUCUUCUAAGAAAAAACAAAAAGAGUAUAAGUUAUUGCUCAGCAAUAAUCAUGUUGUUAAUAUGAGUUAGCAACAUGUCCAAUUUUCUGAUAGCAUUAUUGUGUUUUAUAUUUUAUUUACUGUAUAUUAUGUUUGAUUUUAUUUGGUAUUUAUUUGUGUUUUGAGGUCUUGCAAUGUUUUUGUGUUUCUGAUGCUAAUAACUAAAGUUUGUUAAGACUGCAGAAUGCGUAACUUUGAAAUGCUAAACUGUCUUAUUAGAGGAAAAUAAAUUGGACGACCAAG